AUGCUACAGGGAAAAAUGAAGGUGAAGGCCUUCAACAAAGGCGUCCUUGUUUAAACACUGUAGAUGGAGAGAAAUGUAUGUUGAAAAAGAAUGUACAAAAUCUUGAAAACAAAUUGAAAAUUGCUAGGCAUGCAAGAAUGAAUGCAAAUUUAAAAUUAAAUGAAUUAAAGAAGAGCAAUGUGAAACUGAAUAAAAAAUAUGCUACAUGCUGUAUAAAACUGUCCAACUUUUCUACAAGAAAUGUAAAUAAAAAGCUAAAGCGGAGGCAAAAGAAAAUACAGUUUCUUCAGUCAGAAAAUAGCAAACACAUUACAGAAAAAAAAUUAAUAAAACAGAAGUCAGAAAUAAGCAAACAAAUUCAUAAACAAACAUCAUCACUAUUGAAAUAUUACCGCGACAAGUAUAGAAAUUUGAAAAAAGCUAAAGUCACUCAAAAUUUAACACAAAAAACAUGCAACAAGGAAAACAUUGAGGUUUCUUCACUUAGAGAGAAAGUUUCAUAUUUAGAAAAUGAAAAUUUUAUUCUCAAAGAUGAAUUGGAAGAACUUUCACAAUCAAAAAUGGUCACUACAUUUCAUGAAGGUAAAUACACAGAUGAUGUACGGGAGGUGUAUGCUACAUUGUUAUCUAUGAAUGUAGGCGUGAAAAACAUAGAAAAUGUCAUGAAAACAGUUUUAGAAAAACUUGGAGGUUUAAAAGUAGAAAGGCUUCCCAAAAAAACCUUUGCAGAAUAUAUGAUGAUUGAAGCUAAGGCAUUAGCUCAAAUUCAAGCUGCAGAAGCUAUGUUAAAUAAUGCUACUGAUUUAGUACAAGGAAAAAUAUUGUAUAAAAACUAUACUAAUAUUGAUGAAAUUUUUGGUUGUUUAUUUGCUGUUGAAGACGAAGAACACAACAUUCUUACUACUGAAGCUCUUCAAAUUAUUUUAUUAAACUUUCAGUUCAUUCUAGAGAGACAGUUAAGUGACUGUCUUCCUGGAGGAAUAUUAAAUGAAAAAACUGAUGGGAUUGAUAUAAAUUUAAGAGAACAAAGCAAAUCAGUUGCUACUACCAAUAUUAUUUCGGAAAGAGAUUUUGCAAAUUUAGACAGGCUUCAAAGGGAAAAACCAAAUGCCAAUUUAAUUGCACUGGAAGGUAUUAUUUUGUUUGCUAACAACAAAACAGUUAAGUGGUUGAAUAAUUUAGAAAGUGAAAAAAAAUCUGAAUAUUUUAAAAUAGCAAGACAACGUACACCAGAGAUCAUUAAACAGUUUAAAGAAAGAAAGAUUGAAAUAAAAAAUCAACAUUUAUUAUUACUUAAGAAAAGAGAGGCAGAUAAAUUAAAAAAACAAUUGCAAAAGCAGCAAGAAAUUGAAAAAAUUUCAAAAGACAUUCAGAACAUAGGUGGUCUUUGGCAAAAUAUUGAAGACAUUAAUAAAUUUUUAGUUAACUUAACUCAAAAUGAAAAGAUUGAAGCGGUAAAAACUCAACUUAAGUUUAGGAAAAAAGUUUUACACAUGAAUGUUGAAGAUAAAACACUUUUACAAUUUUCUUCUAAUAAUAUUUCAUUUUCUUUAGCAGAGCUUAUUUCUAAUUUGAAAGUUCUUAUACAUUUGAAUAUUAAUGUGAACAAUGCACAAUCUGGAACCAAAGAUGCAUGUAUUAUUUUUUGUAUUAAAUCAAAAGAAGAAAGGGAGCAAAUUAUGGAAAAACAAAGAGAACUCAUUUGUAUAAAGCUCAAUGAAAUAAAAAUUAAACAGAACCAUUCAGUCUGUGACCCAGUACAGAAAAAACCAAGAAAAUCAAACAGUAAUAAAGCUAAUUAUCAGAGUCAAAAUCAUGAUAAUGUAGAAGAAACUGAUUUUGUUGUUAGCAAACCUUCAGAAACAUAUACUCCAAAGUAA